UUGCCGUCGGUUUCUAGAGCAGGUAUUUCAUCUCUCGUGAGGGGCACUGGAUGCUUCUAUUUACUACAGUGCGCGUGGCAACACGGCAGGCUCAAUGAGUCGCGCUGUCCCAGUGCGAUGACGUCGCGCAGUUAGUGUCGAGCAGCUUUUCGAGGUGCGUGGGAAACGCUCAUCAGGCCUCACACCGGUACAUGGCAUCGAACUUCGUUCUGCCAAUUUUUCCCCCUGUGCCUAGUGCAUUGCUUGCGAACCCGCCGUGUGUACGUGUAUCUGUCGCUACAGUUGGAGCGAAAAAAUUUCUGCGCUUGUGCUCGUCAGUUGCUUAUAGCGAUCGCGGCCUGAUUUUCCAUUGCAUAAAGCUGUGUGUCACCUCGACCAGAGCUUGGUGAAGGAUGGUCUUCAGCCCCGACUUGAAUCCCGAGGACGGUGGGUUUCGUAGACGCCGAGGCCAUAGGCAACGGCCCAAGACGGGUUUCUCCAGCAAGAACGGGAAGGGGUUCACCGAGGACAUCUGGAACUUCGACGACUCCUGGUUCACUGCCACUCAGUGCCGCGGACGCCUGGACGUAUUCGGUGAGCUGCUGUGGGAAUUGGUGCGACUCCAGUCGCUGCUCGACUACCUUCUCGGAGGCGACAUGACGCCCAGUGACGACCGCCACCGGUCCUCGAGGCGCCGCGACGCCUCUGACCCACGACGCCCUCGGGCUAGGUCCACGCACGGUCCACCGCGACCGGAAAGCUACGGUGCUGACGCGGAUUUUGUGUCCGGUCUCUUGUUGUCGCGGCAGACAAAAAAUCGACGUCGAGACGCUUCUGUUCCGCGUGUCUCAUCCAAGGACUGUGACGAUUCGUCACGAGCAUCUGCGUCGGGCGAGGAGCACGGGAACAAAGAGGAAAAAGGCUGGAGGACUUUGACGAGGGAACUGAGGAAGCUUCUUUCGUCCAAGUUCUCCGACAAGGAUACGGACUGCGGAGACGAGGAUUCGCAGUCGGCUGAUUCUUCGCCGAGCUGUUUCACAGCAGGCUAUUUUGUAAUGAUCACGCUGACCAUACAAAUUCAGUUGGAUUCUAAAGAGAAUUUGAUGAAAUCUACGUCGAGAUUUUCUAACGCGGAUAUCGAGUGCAGAAGGGUGGGUGUCGUAGUCGUUAUUCGACGGAGUCGCGGCGUCCAUUCGAAUGCCAUUCCAAUUGAUCCAGCGAAUGCGAUGUGCCUCAUGCGAACGCGGGACAUAAAAAUCUGUCUACUCGAAUUUUACUCCCGUCGCAGUUUCCAGCGACAAAAAUCGAUCCCGAACGGGGACUCCAUUCCGCCUAAAAACGCGCUGAGGCGGCGAGGAAAUGCAGCCUCGCCUGCGACGCGCAGUUGA